CUAGGCCGGAUGUGAGUGGAGCGGCCAUUUCCUGUUUCUCUGCAGUUUUUCUCAGCUUUGGGUGGUGGCUGCUGUGGGGCUUCGGCUUCCAAUCCACCGAGGACUAGUCGGCGUGGACAGCGGCCCCGGCACCUCGCGCUUUGCCGCCCACAGCCGCACGCCUGCCCCCCUGCCUCUUCCAUUUCUACCUCCCCAGCCGCCGCCGCCGCGGCCCACCGAGCGGCCCCGAUGCAGGCCAUCAAAUGUGUGGUGGUGGGAGACGGAGCUGUAGGUAAAACUUGUCUGCUGAUCAGCUAUACUACCAAUGCAUUUCCUGGAGAGUACAUCCCUACUGUCUUUGACAACUAUUCUGCCAAUGUUAUGGUAGAUGGAAAACCAGUGAAUCUGGGCUUAUGGGAUACAGCUGGACAAGAAGAUUAUGACAGAUUACGUCCCCUCUCAUAUCCACAAACAGUUGGAGACACGUAUGGUAAGGAUAUUCCCUCCAGGGGCAAAGACAAGCCGAUUGCCGAUGUAUUCUUAAUUUGCUUUUCUCUUGUGAGUCCUGCAUCAUUUGAAAAUGUCCGUGCAAAGUGGUAUCCAGAAGUGCGGCACCACUGUCCCAACACCCCCAUUAUCCUAGUGGGGACGAAACUCGACCUUCGGGACGAUAAAGACACCAUUGAGAAGCUGAAGGAGAAGAAGUUGACUCCCAUCACCUACCCGCAGGGCUUAGCUAUGGCUAAGGAAAUUGGUGCUGUAAAAUACCUGGAGUGCUCGGCUCUCACCCAGCGAGGCCUCAAGACAGUGUUCGAUGAAGCUAUCCGUGCGGUGCUCUGCCCACCGCCGGUCAAGAAGCGGAAGAGAAAAUGCCUGCUCUUGUAAACAGCUGCUUACCCCCGCUCCUGCCCCUGGGACCCUUUGUACGCUUUGCUCAAAAACAGCGGAGCCUUCGCACUCAAUGCCAAGUUUUUGUUACAGAUUAAUUUUCCAUAAAACCGUUUUGAACCAAUCAGUAAUUUUAAGGUUUUCUUUUAAAUGUAAGAGUUUAAACUUACAUUCUAUUAAAAUUCAGACCUAAAUAAACCUUCUAAAAGCCUUAUUUUUCAAAAGCCCCUACUCUUGCUCAGAUUAAGUGUUGCCAAAAUACCUUCUGAACAAAGUGGUGUUGUGCUGAGAACACUAAACACUAAAUUCAAAAGGCCCCGGUGGGGCCCUGGGAGGAGACCACAGCUCCCCGUGGCAGAGGCGCCUUGCUCUCCCACACCCGGCAAAUGGAGCCGCGGCGCCUCCUCUGCGCCAUGUUGCCAUUAACACAUCCUAACCUUGUACUGUACGUCCUCAUGGAGGGAGGGAGGGUGACACUCCACUCUUUGGAGCAGUCUAUUUUGUUGCCUCAUUUCUGUGGUGAACUGGAACAGGAUUCAUGCAGUGUUUCCUCUGACCUGUUCUAGUUGUGAGUGCGGGCAGAAUGGUGACACACGACAUGAUGGCAGGAUGAAGACAGUUUUGACAAAAUAAGGAGAUUAUUUAUACUACAUUGUGUACGAGUAAUUCAGCUAAGAAAGUGUCAUAGCAAAGGACAGUCCAUACUUGUCAAAUGCAAUAGAUUACAAAGGUCAGCGUUGCCAGUGUCUUAAGCGUUUCCUUUGCCCUACCUGUCCUUUCCCACAUGGGGCAUUGCACUCACCUUUGAACUCGUCAUUCCCUCCUUGCUAACUUAGGAAGUGCUUUUCUUAUAGAUCCCCCUUCUUAAUGAGCAAUAUGCCUCCGACUUGUACUAUAAAAUCUUUCAAAUAAUGCAUUAAAAGUUUUUCUUUCCUUCGUAGAUUAGCAAAAGUGCAUUCUUGUUUUCAUUACUUUACUCAAAGCUAAUAAGUACUUUCCUUAGUUUUCUAGUAACUUAGGUGUAAAAAUCAUGUGUUCCAGCUUUACAGUUUUUAAAAUAUUUUAGAUAUUCUUAAACUAUGAACUUUAACAUCACUGUCUUGCCAGAUUGCCAGCACUGUCAUGUGACUAAUACCCACCCUCCCUACCCAUGCGGACAUUUCCUGCAGUGCUCUGCCUGCCAUGUUCCCCGGGGGUCCGAGUUGUGUAACCUGCUAGUGCUGACCCGGUUCUGUUCUGUACACUUUAACUUGCUGGCAGGAGCACAGUGUUGGACCUUUCAACCACUAGAACAAAAUUUUUUUAAAUUGACAGUUGCAGAAUUGUGGAGUGUUUUUACAUUGAUCUUUUGCUAAUGCAGUUAGCAGUAUGUUUUGCAUGUAUGACUUAAUAAAUCAUUGAAUCAUAA